ACGUUUUGUAUGUAAACAAACACAAACACGCUGACAUCUGAUUUCCCUAGAAGGAGAGAGAGAGAGAGAGAGAGAGAGAGCGCCCGAGACAGAGAGUGCUCUUGGGGACCGUCCACGAAAGAAGAAAAUUUUGCUCACGAUCGUCGCCACUAAUUAUGGCAUCGUUUUGAUGUGCAGCGCGCAAGCGACGAACAAUGUUUGCGCUGGAAUUGCUGUGAAGUUUGGCCGCCGACAAAGUGUGCGCUGGUGCGCUCGGGGAAGGUUCGCGCGUUGUUUACUUGUGAUCCCCUCGCUCGGACAGACCCUUGCCGGAGGACGCAACUCGAUAAGAUAAGAGGCGGUUGAUCGAUCUCGUCGAACGAACGGAGACGCAGGCGGUCCAAGACCCCAUUGAACAAGCGCAGCGAAAGAUUAGAUACGCACACCUGCUGUAAUCGGAUUAGGAGGGCGGUUAGGGCGCUAGUCGGGAGUCCCACCAGCCAGUCAGAGCAAGUGCCAGCCAGAGGACGGUUCUGGUGAACCAGCAGAAAGUGGCAGUGAACUUUGCACCCCCCAACCACCAGCCGAAAGAAAGCAUGAGCACCACCGGCGGGAUGAAGAAAUUCGGCGACCUCGUCGGCUCGAUCGACGAGGGCACCAGCUCGGCCCGGUUUCUGCUGUUCCGGGCAGAGACGGCCGAGGUGGUGUGCUUCCACCAGAAGGAGCUGCGCCUGAUCUGCCCCCAGGAGGGUUGGGUCGAGCAGGAUCCGCACGAAAUCCUGAGCGUCGUGUACGAGUGCAUCGAGCGCACGCUGGAGAAGCUGGUCGAGCUGGGCGGCAAUCCGCAGACCGACAUCGUGGCGAUCGGUGUGACGAACCAGCGCGAGACGACGAUCGUGUGGGACCGCACGACCGGCGAACCGCUGUACAAUGCGAUCGUUUGGCAGGACAUGCGCACGUCCUCGACGGUGGACCAGCUGCUCGAGACGGUACCGAACAAGACGAAGAACAAAAACUACCUCAAACCGCUGUGCGGGCUGCCGCUGUCGCCGUACUUCUCCGCCGUCAAGCUGCGCUGGCUGCUCGACAACGUGCCGAAGGUAAAGGGGGCGGUCCGCGCCGGCAGCUGCCUGUUCGGCACGGUCGACACGUGGCUGAUCUGGAACCUGACCGGCGGUCCGGACGGGGGCGCCCACGUAACGGACGUGUCGAACGCGUCCCGCACCAUGCUGAUGAACAUCGAGACGCUCAAGUACGACAAGGCGCUGAUGAAGUUCUUCGACGUGCCGCUGGAAAUACUGCCCACCAUCCGGUCCAGCUCGGAGGUGUACGGGCUGAUCAAGUUUCGGCCACUGCAGCACAUCCCGCUGGCCGGCUGCCUGGGCGACCAGCAGUCGGCACUGGUCGGGCAGGAGUGUUUGACGCGCGGACGGGCAAAGGCAACGUACGGGACGGGAUGCUUUCUGCUGUACAACACCGGGACGGCGGUGAUCGACUCGUACCACGGGCUGAUCUCGACCGUCGCCUACCAGAUGGGACCGAACGCGCUGCCCGUGUACGCGCUGGAGGGUUCGGUCGCGGUGGCCGGUGCCGCCCUCGGCUGGUUGCGCGACAACCUGAACCUGAUCGGGGGUGCCUCCGAGUCGGAAUCGGCCGCACUGGAGGUGGAGAACAAUGGGGACGUGUACUUUGUGCCGGCGUUCAGUGGGCUGUACGCACCGUACUGGGAUCCGGAGGCGCGCGGCGUCAUCUGCGGCAUCACGGAGGACACGCAGCGGGGGCACAUCGUGCGGGCGGCGCUGGAGGCGGUCUGCUUUCAGGUGCGCGACAUACUGGACGCGAUGAACAAUGACAGCGGCACGCCGCUGCAGAAGCUCAAGGUGGACGGUGGCAUGACGGCGAACGCGACCAUGAUGCAGUGGCAGGCGGACCUGAUCGGGCUGGACGUGUUGAAGCCCAAGUUUGUCGAGACGACGGCACUGGGUGCUGCCAUGGUAGCGGGCCGUGCGGUUGGCAAGUGGGAUAUCGAGAACGUGAGCGUGGAAAGCGACAGUACCGUGUUUAAGCCACAAAUCAGCGAAAACGAGCGGGACGUCCGGUACAAGCGGUGGAAGAUGGCCAUCGAACGGGCUGUCGGUUGGGACAAGUGUCUGUAAAUUUGAGUGGCCACGCGCAGUUUGCCGAGCGUAGCGAGCGAUGAAUGGACGAUGGAAUUUUUAUUACUAUAUCUUUACACUGGACGAUAACUCGCAGAUAAGGUUUAAACAGUAAGGGGAGAAGGUUGUAGUUAUUGUGAUAGCGACACCUAGUUUUAAUUACGUAAAAUCAAAGCGCAUUACGAAAAUAAACGCAUAAAAUCGGAAACAGUUCACGGUCAUCAUUAGCGAAAGGAUAAAACCACCAAAAUCGAUAUUUCAAGGCUUUAUAAUAUGUCUUAUUUAUUUUCGCUUGGUAUAAAAAAGGUAAAAUCUGUAUAUAUGCGUUGAAAACGUAGGAAUAACGGGGUCGUCGCACUGCUCACCGUGACAGUGAGAACGUGGGAUAUCUCGCGCGUUUGGGGGAAACCGGGAACAACGGGGGGGUUGUGGUAUUUUGGUAGUGAAAUAAGCGCAUACAUAUAAAAAAAAUAAGUUGUAACAUAACACUAGUAUCAAAUGAAUAUCAAAAAAGUAGGUUAGUUUCAUGAGUAAUAGAGACGAUCGUCGCUUCACAAAAUAAGGAGGAGUCACGACAGCUUUAGAAAAACGCUUCACGCGCGGGGGCAGCUUGCGUUGUUAAUCGGUAACGAAAUCAUAACGGUUCACAAACAACGACGGCGUGCGAUUAGCAUUUGCGUGUUAAUAAUCAAAUAAUAGUUGGAGAAUAUCGUGUGAGUUUGGUUUACAUAGAUAUAUAUAUACAAUAAUACAAUACUAAAGCGCCAAUUGAAACAAAAGCGAACGCAUUCGCCCAAAACUUGUCCGAUCACACAACAUCGAGAGAGGAGAAUAGUUGUAAAGGUAGAAAUGAGCGCAUAAAAAUUAUGAUUAAUAAACAUAGCGACGAAACUUCGAGGACGAUUUGUCAUUUCAUUUUCACGAGCACCACGCGAUCGCGCAAGAGGAGGGGGGGGGGGGGGGGGGGAGU